GGUUUACGUCUGCAGAAGCGACUGGCUUCGGACGUGCUGAAGUGUGGCAAAAAGAAGGUGUGGCUGGAUCCGAAUGAAAUCAAUGAAAUUUCCAAUGCCAAUUCACGGCAGAACAUCCGGCUGCUCGUCAAAGAUGGCCUGAUCAUCCGGAAACCAGUUGCUGUGCACUCGCGAUACCGCGCACGUAAGAACCUGGAAGCGCGCCGAAAGGGCCGUCACAUGGGUCGGGGAAGAAGACGUGGUACCGAGAAUGCUCGUAUGCCUGAAAAAAUCCUAUGGAUACGUCGAAUGCGUGUGCUCCGCCACCUUCUGAAACGUUACCGUGAAGCCAAAAAAAUCGACAAACAUCUGUACCACGAUCUAUAUCUUCGUGCAAAAGGCAAUGCAUUUAAGAACAAGCGCAAUUUGAUGGAGUUUAUUUUCAAAAGAAAAACGGAAAAUACGCGUUCCAAACAGCUGGCUGAGCAAGCGGAGGCUCGUCGUGCUAAAAACAAAGAAGUAAGAAAACGACGUGAAGAACGUAUGGCAAUAAAGCGAGCCGAAGCCAUUCAUAAGGUUUCGGAAACUGAAAAGGAAAUCAAAGAGGUGAAGCCGGAAACGAAGGAAGCUAAAGAAACAAAAGUAGCAGAGAAAUAA